GUGGCGACACAGCAGCGAAAAUACUCAACGGAUGGCAGAGUUCUAUCUCCUUUCUAAAUCUUGCAAGAAUCCUAACCUCGAAAGAAAGUGUAUAUGUGUGCGUAACUCGUGGCAGUGAUAAUCUAUACAGAAGAGAAAAAAAUGAUAACCAACGUAACUUUGUAGCGCGCUUAAAUCGAAUCGAAAGAGAGUGAGUGAGUGAAAUUGAUAUUUUAUCGAUUUCGAGAUUGAGGGCUUUUUAGAAUCGUGACGUGUGAUAAUCGGCCAAGAUGCAUCUGCACUUCGAGAAGAGUACCAACACCAGGUGCGACUGCUCGAUCCUGUCGCUGUCCUGGAUGGGCAAGGUGCCGGAUGAUAUUCCAGAGGAGGAAGGCUGGAAGUUGAACCGGACCAACUACUACCAGGAAGGCUGGCUGGCGACCGGAAACGUGCGGGGGAUAGUCGGGGUCACCUUCACGACGUCACACUGCAAGAAGAACGUCGAGUACCCGCUCCGGACGAACUACAACUUGCGCGGGCAUCGGUCCGAUGUCAUUCUGGUAAAAUGGAACGAACCGUACCAGAAGCUUGCCAGCUGCGACAGCUCCGGUAUCAUCUUCGUGUGGAUCAAGUACGAAGGCCGGUGGAGCGUGGAGCUGAUCAACGAUCGCAACACCCCGGUAACGCAUUUCUCGUGGUCUCACGACGGCCGGAUGGCGCUGAUAUGCUACCAGGAUGGAUUCGUGCUGGUGGGAUCGGUCGCCGGCCAGCGGUACUGGUCGUCAAUGCUGAACCUGGACGCGACGAUCACGUGCGGGAUCUGGACACCGGACGAUCAGCAGGUGUAUUUCGGGACGACCCAGGGCCAGAUCAUCGUGAUGGACGUGCACGGGGCGAUGGUUUCGCAGGUUCAGCUGUGCUCCGACGUGGGCAUCACAGCGAUGGCAUGGUCCUGCGAAAAGUUCAAGAUGGAGGAGGGCGAGGAUACGGAGCCGGGCGUUACCAAUGCUUCUAAACGAUCGUUUGUGCUAGCGGUCAGCUUCCAAAAUGGGUACAUUUAUCUGUUGAAGUCGUUCGACGAUGUAUCGCCCUGUCACGUACAAACCGGUAUGAACGGAUCCCUCGGACUGGUUAUGGAGUGGAGCAACUCUCGGGAGCUACUGGCUGUAGCUGGUAGUGAAUUGCUGCCCGCAUCCCAAAUGUCUGACGCCAACGGUGUUCCGGUGUACAACAAUCUACUGAAGUUCUACACCGAAUCGGGCAACCUGUUGUACUCAGCAAAGAUUCCUUGCACUACGACUCCCGUAUCGGCGCUGACCUGGGGUCACAACGACAAGCGCAUCUUCAUCGCCACCGGAACGCAGGUGCACAUUGCGUGGGUCUCGCGCCGGGUGGCGUCCCUCCAGCUGCUCUGCCGUCUCCAGGUGCAGUCCUCGCUGACGUCGGAAGCGAUGCUCCCGCGGUUGCCCCUGCCAGGCCGGAUAAAAGCGCUGAUUGGGAACCUCUUUGCUCAAACCAUUAGGUGCUGUGUUCCUGACUUAAAGUCGUUGCGGGAAUUUGUGUCCCGGCCGCCGAUCUGCUCAACGCGACUGCACUGCACCAUGAUCCGGCACGACGAGGACGCCAACCAGAGCUCGGGAACCUGUUACACGCUUUACCUGGAGUUUCUCGGCGGGCUCGUUCCGCUUCUGAAGGGGAAACGCACCUCAAAAAUUCGGCCGGAGUUUGUGAUAUUCGACCCGCAGAUUGAUGAAGUCUCUUCAUACUGUACAUAUUCGUCCGAUUCUACCACUACCACAACCAAGAGUUCAUCGGCGUCCAGCCACUCGACUACCGGAACCAACGGUCGAUCCGAUAGCUCGGAAAGUGACAUUGAGGAGGGUUGUCGAUCGCCACGUUUAUCCCGAAAGCGAAAAGCACGAACCAAAAAGCGUCACCCCAGCAGUAGCGAUCGCUCGCCCAACCAGAACUCGGACUCGGCGGAGAACAACGAGGAGCUGGCCUACCUGGACACACUGCCGGAGCACGUGAAACUGGUGGAAGUAACGUCCAACAUCUGGGGCACCAAGUUCAAGAUCCACGGCCUCGCCAAGACUCUGCCAGCGAACCUCGGUCAGGUAACGUACAAAACCUCCCUGCUGCAUCUGCAACCGCGUCAGAUGACGCUUGUCAUUACCGAGCUACGGGACGACUUCCCUACCGGGCCCGACCCGAACUUCAAUCCGAACAUAUUCUCGGAAGAUGAAGAGGAACACAAUCAGCCGCAAACCUCCACGAGUAAUCGGAAGCUAACCGAAUCUGCUCCACCAAUUGCUCCCAUGUCACCACGACCCAAUCGGUUCCCCUCACGUCCUCGCCGCCAAACGCCUUCUUCGCUCGCUUCCGGGUCUAGUUCGAGGCCCACAUUGCCUCAGCUUGGUCCUUUAGCACGAGCAGAGUCUUACGAGGAUGAUACCGACGGACCGGAGGGCGGUGAACCGUCGCGAACCGUAACCACAGCGCCUCGCCAAGGCCUCAGCUACUCUAGCCUAGUUAGUCAAUGCAGUAGACCGUCGUCCGCGUCCAGUAGCCAAUCCCGUGUUGCCAUCUCUCCGCUGUACUGUGAAGGAUCCGUUCCGACGCUGCAGUCACCGAAAAACGCCGUCGCACCUAGUGAUAUAAUUUUCGAUCGACCUCCUGCCGCCGGCCAGACGACACUGAUGAGCUAUUCGAGCAAUACCGACUACGUGAACAACGUGGUCCAGGUGAAAAACGCUCUGAUGUCGUCUGACCACAACCGGGUCAACAAUCAGUCGCACGUAAAUCCGGUUCCACUUAAUCUUAAUCUCAAUCUCGAACGGAUAGAAGCUAAAGCGAGCACCAGUCGCGAUUCGAGUCAUUCCGGUGCCUCGAGCAGUAGACAGGGAACCCCCAAAAAGCAAAACCUCAAAUACAUCGACGAAGAAACUCCAUCGACCUCUGCCACGCCCGUAGUGCUCGAAACAAGUGGGACAGCAAGCAAUAACAGUACCGGUGCCACUAUGAAACGCACUCCUACGGUGAUCUCCAUGACCCCCGCCGUUGCGAGUGGAAUCCCCGAAUCAAUAACGCGCAGCUGUAGCGUUGGCUAUCUGGACAACAUGGAAAUCGUUCCCAGCGAUGCCGUUCUGUCGAUGAUGCGAAAAGAAACGCCCUACAAACGGCUUGUGUUGGUAGAUAAGAAGCGACAGAAGAAAUACAAACGAAAUUUUGACGACCUGAAGCGUACCAAGCUGCGUCAAGGUUGCAAGUCGAAAAGCUUAGACUCUUGCGAUAUACUGCAAGAUUCGCCGAAUCUGAACAAAGAUCUGAUCAACCUGUUUCGGCAAAUGCCCAAGGUAAGUGAGCUGUCGGAGAACGAGAACGACUACUCGUCUUCCGAUCAGCUCGAGCGAAUGCGUCCAUCGACGUCUUCUGCCACCGCCGGUCCGUCAACCUCAACGGCAAACUCCAAACGAAGACCCUCGAUGAAGUUUCCGGGAAUCAGUGGUUGCUCGAAUCAACCGAUUUCUAAAACGCCCAUCCUGAACAGGAAAGAGAAACCCAAGUGUUGCUCGAUCUGCAAGCUGAUUUCCCCCACGGUCAACUCGACCGAAACGGUUUGCGUCAAGUGUCGCAAGAAUGGUGGUCAGAAUGGAGUUGACAAAGAGAACAAUAGCAUCGAUGAUCUUAUUUACGUGGACAUUGUUUGUGCAAAGCCGCCGCAAGUUCCGCCAAAGUCCAAGCGAUCCAUCCUUGAGCAAUACAUCAGUUCGGCUUUCAGUAACCACGGAGACCUUGUGCUGAAGGAUACCGGCAGUACGAGCAGUCCCGGCUGUAGUAAAAGCUUGUUCGAUAGAAAGAACAAUAACAGCACGGAAAGCAAUGGGACUUGCAGUACACCAAAGUCAAAGGCGCGGAAAAACUUUGAAAUCGUUACGAGCUUCACCGACAGCCCACUGUUCAGCAGACGGCAUCGUUCCAUGAACAGAAACGAUUCGUCAAAGCUACAAAGCGAAAACAGCACUCCUGUGAUGGCUCGCAAGGAGAACGGCGAAAGUCGGAAGAGCCGCAAGAAGGACGAAUCACCGCGUCGACAUCGCCGCAACGACAGCUGUCCGGGAACAAGCCUCGAGAACAACAACCCGGAAGAACCUCCGCUGCAACCGGUGGAAAUCACCCCGAUUGAGCAGAAGGCUUCCGUUUCGCUGCACACCCAAGCGCUGACCACCCUGGAGAACAUCAUCAGUCGGCUGCGUGACCUGGACGAGGGUCGACUGACACCUCCGUCAUCUCCGUCCAACUCACGACUGCCACGAAGCUCCCCAGCAUCGCCCGCUCCCAGCAAAAAGAGCAAACGCCAUCAAAGUGCAUCCCCGAUACGACACAUCCUGAACUCGCCACUACUGAACCGUCGCCAGCGGAAGCAGAAGCAGCACACGGAAAGUUCCGACGACGAGAACCAGCUGCUGAACCAGUCGGACGAGAGCAGCGGCGGCGGCGGCGGUGGUGGCGGAAACGGAACCAGCGGAAGCAACAAACAGUACCGCGAUCUGGAAACGUUCCAGAAGGCGCAGCUGAGGCAGAAGCUUAAACGAGGGAAGAUUGAGCCGAACGGAGUGACCAGUUCGUCACAGCCGCAGGCGCCGGUGCGGCGCGAGUUUGUCAUGCACAACAAGGCGCCCAUGUGGAACGAAAACAGCCAGGUCUACCAGCUUGAUUUUGGAGGUCGCGUUACGCAGGAGUCGGCCAAGAACUUCCAGAUUGAGUUUCGCGGAAAGCAGGUGAUGCAAUUUGGCCGCAUCGACGGCAACGCGUACACGCUCGACUUUCAGUAUCCGUUUUCGGCGUUGCAGGCGUUUGCGGUGGCGUUAGCGAACGUUACGCAGCGGCUGAAGUGAAGUACCGCAGCCGUAGAUAAAAACAAAUCAUUGACAUAUCACAUACACAUGCAUGCAUUACCACUUUGUUGUUAAACAUAGACGCACGCGAAGCGCAGCAGCAGCAGCAGCAGCUAUUGUCGAUUUUAGCGAUUUUAGCCGAAAAAGACGAGAUUGUUUGAAUGUUGACCGUUGUGUGUGAAUUCGCGCAGCUAGUUCAGUGAAGGAAAAAUCUUAGUUUAAGCAUUAGUUGCAAAUACUCUUUUGGGGCGCGCACCAAGGCUUCCGUCAUCGGUUUCGUUGUGAAGAUACGUAACGAAGAUAUUACACGUUCAUUACAUCACAUAUCACCACUCAGAUAAAAAUGCAUCAAACUGUAAAAUAAUAUCCAACUUGAGACGUAAACAUAGAAAAAGGUAACCACACAAUGGUGUUUAUUGCAGCCAAUCUAUAUAAAUCGAGGCCUACAGUUUGUGAAGUUGUACAUAUUUGACGCGCCAAAUUAGUCAAAAAAAGUCUUAAUCUUACCCGGGCCGCUGUGACGGCCGAAUCCAUGUGCAAUAUUUAGGUGUAGUCAUGAGGAAGUAAACUGUUGGUUCACACCUCACCCGUUAGACACGCUUAUCGUACGGCGAUGGUCAGUGAUCAUUUGACAGCUAGGUAAAAUUUAUGUUUUGAGACUAAGUGUGUAAACUGUUUCUAGUCAUUAUUGUGUCGCUUAAAACAAUACUUUUGCUUAAACGUUCCUCUCUAGUGAAACUAAAAAGAAAAAAACUUGAAUUUUUCCCGUUCUCGUUCACUUUUGUUUUGUUGAUGGUUCAGUAUUUUGUUAAUGCUCUCUGUUGAAGUGAUUCUUUCCUCUUCCCGUCUUAUUGAAGUAAUUUUAAGGAUCCCGUAAAACCAAUUGAAAUUUGAUAGCAAAAUAAACAUAAGUUUUUGUACGAAACGAACAAACAAAAACUCGCGCAAGUUUUUUUGUAACCUUGCCGCCGACGCUACAUAAUGAAAUUACACACAUUGCAAACUCUGAGAACAAGCACUGCAGAUAUUAUCAAAUCCAUCCAGAGCUGGAAAAAAUAGACAAAACGCGCACUCACUUAUACUCACUCAAGCGAAAUUCACCAAAUAGUAGCAAACAGAUUGAAGCAGAACUGACGUCCGAAUUAGAAGCAAAAUAAAUAAAAACUUAAAAAAAGGCAUAGUGGUAAAUCUACUUAGUAAACUUUUUUGUGAAAAUCAGCAGCAGCAGCAGUAAACAGCCCGUUUUUGUGAUAGAACGAAGCGUUUGUAAUACGUCAAGACACUUUUUUGUAUAAGCUUUUACCGCGUAACGAGAUCAAGAACUUUGCAUGAGGUGUGACACGCAUUUAAAUCCAAAGAAAAAAAAUCAGUCUGGGCGGAUUGUUUUCGAUUGUUCGAUUUAUUUUAACAAUCAGCAAACAAAAACAAACAAACGCAAGUAAUUUUGUAGCCAACGUAAACUGCUUUUUUGUACAUCACCAAACUUUUUAUGUGCAAACACUAACCAAAUACGCAGCUUUGUCGGUGAUAGUCUGAGAGAGGUAGAAGGAGGAGAAAAAAGUGCAGAGGAUCGUUCGGAAAUCGAAAAAAGGCCAUUAUACCUUAAUAUAUUCUAGAUAGUUAGCAUUGUAGCUCGAACAAGAUCAUGCUAGGACACGUUUGAACUCUAUGCGUUAAACUGUCACAAACACACAUACACACCUGCAACAGUCACGAAAUAAAGAUUCAAUGUUACGAAACGAACAGUAAAAAAAAAGUGC